GCCCACAGAUAGGGAGGGCGGGCGGGCACGUAUUUCAAUUUGGGAGCCUCGCUGGAGACCAGCUCCCAAGCCCCGUCGGGCCGCCGCUCCUCAGCAAAGGCACAAGCAGUUCAUUACCCGCCGGCGAGUGAUAAAUCACUGUUUAAGGCCGCGGCUGCAAGCGCAGGUCCAACUCGUGACCUUGGCAUCUCACCACAGGUGUCCCGUGCGGCUCGAGUGGGGUAGCAUAGUUGAUUUGUUGUUGGCCUGCCUACCUUUUUUAUAUGUAACAUCUUAGCUCUCGGUAUACGUUAGGGGUAAUUUCGUGAAUGGAACAGAAGUCGGAUGGAACGGAAAUGUAUAACUACGGUGCUGCCAUCUGUGGCGGAUGGUGCUAACCAAAGGACACAACAAACAAAAGGACACUUUGUAGUAUUAACUGAUUAGUUAAUUAUAACAAGAUGGGCAGUAGUUUUACAAAAUUCCUUGUCGAUAAACAUGUGCAAAACUGAUGUUUAGUACUUUUUCAAGUCUUUUUCGCUUUUAUCGGGGCCGUUUCAUUAUAUAAUGUAUUAUUUCGUUGUGCUUAUAAAAUGAUUCAAUAGUCGACAUAGCUGCUCCGACAAAGAAUUAUAGCAGUGGGUGCUGAAACUACGUGUGUUUCGCGUCCAGAAAUGUAGUUGAAAACACAAUUUUCUUAUAUUUAUCACGCUCGGCAUUGUUUUAAACAAUGUUACGUUAAUUUUAAUCUUUUUCAGGUUUAGUAUUGUAAUUGUAGGUAUUUGCAACAUGAGAACACACGAAUUUGCUUGUUACCGAGGUUAGAUGUUGCACAUCUCUGGCGAGUACUGAAAGACUCACUGACAUGUUUUUUAUGUUAGAUAAUUACCUCGUCAACGAGUACCAAACAGAAUUAAUUUGAAAUUGUGUAGUUUUUUGCAAUAUUGGAGAAAAUAUUUUUUUUUCGAGAAUAUCUUGCCGCUCUUUAGAUUGCAAUCAGAUAUGCCUGCACCAAAUUGUUCUGUCUCUUUAAUUGGCGGCCGUCUGCAAGAGACGCUACUGUCUUAUUGGCACAGCCAUUUAGGACACGUUUGCUUCCAGCACGAAAUUGCUGUGAUCGGUGUGUUUCGACAAUUGGGGUGUAGUUGAAAGAUACUCGACCAGUCACUGAACACAGACGAUGCUUACAGUGUUUUAUUCACACACAACUGUUCUAGAAAUAUUAUUGUUUUUAUCUUCAAUGGCAGGUACUUUUGCUAUUUUAGAAUAUGGAGUAGGCUAUAUCUUUCAAUAUCUAGUAAGUAUCAAAAAUUCGUGCAAGGGGAAGAAAAAAGAUGAAUAAUUUACGUCUCAAAUGAACAAAUUGAUAUAGUUCAUUCGGAAUAACUUCAAGGGCUGCUUGCCUACUUUCAUAUACUCUCUCUCUUACUCUCUCUCUCUCUCCUACCCAAAUAAAUCCACCCUUUCUAUGCAGGGAGCUUCGUUCCGCACACUUGAACACGUCACUUCUGGGUUGUAAAGUGCGACAGUCCUUUGUUGCCCUUGGAUCGUUUACAGUUGGAGUUACCUGGCUUUUUUGUCUCUCGGCAUGUGAAGGGUCCAGAGGCGCCCGACCACCAGGUCCUCAGGUAGUGGGCGAUGACGCGGAGGUAUGCCACCUGACCUCGGGGACAGCCACGCCUCGUGGUCCUCGCCGCCACCCCUUGUGGCGCUUCCACACAGUCAAGUUUGGCUUCGACCCGCUUCCUGAUUGUCCGUGAGUCCGCUCCUUUGACGUCACUGAAACGUCAUAACGUCUUGUCGGCCAAACAACUUAAAUCUCAGAAUACUUCCAAAUUUUCGUUUCGGACACGUUUUAAAUUUUCUCAUCUGUGAUUCUUCAGUCUUGAUAUUUGAAUUGAACAUAAAAUGAUAAUUAUUACAUAAUUUCUUGGAGACCAAAAACGUAUAUUAAUAAAGUUUUAACACCGAAUAAUAAAAAUUAAUAUGAUGCAGGUAAAUAAAAUCUGUAAGAAUAGAAAAAAAAUUAAUAAAACAUAUUAACUGAAAUAUUUCAAGCACUUGAAAAGUGAGAAAUCCCUUUCAACGACACUUCCGAUUUUUAUUGCAUGAAAUCUUUGCAAAACACAUUGUUCAGUGAAUUAAACCUCGAAACUUUAUAGUUGGAGACAGUGAUUUUAUGCGAAACAUUCUAAUCGCCCACUAGGCUACAAUACCGUAUGUCUGCAUGAGCAGUUUGUGCCAUAUGAUUGGUGGCCGUCUGCGAGAGAAGCCUUUGCUUUAUUUGGCAGGGCCAAUCAUAAAGCGUUUGCUUCCGCGUAGAAUUCCUGCGAUUCGUGUACCGACAGCGUAUGUGUACCUCAAAGAAAAUCAACCAAUCACGAAACACAGACGACGCUACAGUGUUUUACCACAAUAGUCUGGGUUAUUUUCCUUCCAAAAAUCACUGUCCAUAAAUAAAGUUCUUCCAUAUUAUUAUAGCAAAGUUCACCAACAGUUGCUUCACUGGUAUUUGUGUGUUAAUAGCUGAAAUUACUUCUCCCCGACCUCAAAACAUUAAUAUCAUGUUUCGAAAUCCGAUUAGUGGAAGUGUUCCUGUGCAAUGCAUGAGAAACAAACCACGAGCACGCGUGAAGUCAAAAUGAAAACUACGUUUCAUUGGCUGUCACGCCAGCUAACAAGCAAGAAGGUAGAGUGAAGAGCGAAUAGGAGCGCGGUUUGCAGCUUGUCGACUGCGGAGUGCUGUCGUAACUUGGAAACACACAUGAUAUAAUUUACAAAAUCAUGUCAAUUUUGUAUAGUGUGGUUCUAACUCGCUAUAGUACUAAGUUAAGUUUUUAUACCUUUUGAUAUUUUUUUAGGUUGUGUGUUUCUAAGUUAUGAUACUCCUAAGUUCUGUAUUUCUAAUCUAUGGCAGUUAUACUUUUUCUGUUUCCAAGCUAUGACUGUACAUAGUUGUGUCUUUCUAAGCCAUUCCUAGAGUCCCGCAAUUUCGCGGAUUCGUCUGGCCUCAGGGUAGAAUUCAAAAUUUUAUGUGUGCUCCACCAAUGCUUGCUUGACCAUUGGUUGAGUUCUUAGUGAGAACAUUCUUAUCCUUGUUAUUUGGCUCUACCUGAUUCACUUACUUCUCUCCUAGCUGGACAUCGUUGGCUCACGGUCGUAGAGGGGCGUGUCCAAAUAUCUGCGGUCCAAUCAUGACCACAGUGCGAGAGUGUUGGAGUUUGCAUUCUAACUUGUGACUUAAAUGAAUGCGCGAAUUUUCCGUAUCUUUAGCUAUGCCAGUUUUAAGUUAUGUUUUUCUGGGCUAUAUCUGUUGUAAAUUGCGUUUUAAAGUAACGCGGAUUUACUUUUAAACAUUUGAGUUGAGACGUACUGAGUUAUGCGUGGAACUCGCCUGCCGCUGCUGGCUGUAUUCUGUGAGUCUGUGUUGCUCGUAGAUCCCUAAGAAUGCGCCCCUUUGCAGCCCGCCCCCCACCGCCCUUUCACAGGGUGUGUUCUGUGUCCCGGGCCUGUCAGGGGCUCCCUGGGGGCGGGGGGUUACUUUGUCGGCGGCAAAACCAACACCCCUGCCGCCCACUAGUCCAGGAACAGAAAUGCACAAACCUCUGAAAAAUUUGUCGGAAACAGAAUUUCAGCACUGUUAUGGAGUCUCUAACAAGGUCGUUGUUUAUAGUUUGUGAUGGUUUGGGUGCAAAACGUACCAAUAGUUUUUCGCAAGUGAACGAAAUUCAUUGUCGUGACCAAGGUCGUUUUUCAAAUGGUUUUAUAAAAAAAGUAUCUUUUAUGAAUCUUAUUUUCAAGCAGUAGUUUCCCAGUAAAAUUAAAAUCAUGCGCAAAUUUUAGUGUAUUCUUCAUUUUAAAAAAAUGUAUGUUUGCUGUAGUAAAAAAAACCAAACGAUAGUUAAAAAAAUACUAGUUUUUACUUGAGUAAUAAAAAUAGUGUUCAAAGGUAACAAAAAAGAGUCCAAAUACGCAAGUGCUAGCAACCUGCAAACGUUGGUACGCUAGAAUAAACACGACGUGUUUUCAAGAAAUACGGUGAACAAAUUAUUAUAGCAGCAACUGCAAGUGCAGCAACUACAGUGUCAAGUUUGAACAAGUUGUGACUUGUCAGCAGGCUUCCAGAGCCGGAAGAGCGAGGUCGUGUUUAAAGGGCCUGUCGCGCAUCGUGGAUAGAGAUAAGCCCGAAAUUUUGCGCUUUAGUCUGGCCUCGGGAUAGGCGUGCUAACCCAUGUUUGCUUUCUCGUUGGUUGAUAUCUUAGCGAGAACAAUUUUAUUCUUGUUAAUUGGCGCUACCUGUUUCGCUUACUUCUCUCCUAGCUGGACAUCGCUGGCUCACGGUCGUAGAGGGGCGUGUCCAAAUAACUGCUGUCCAAUUAUGAUCACAUGCGAGAGCUCGAAGAUUGGCAUUCUAACUGGCCAUGGAGAGUAUUUAUUCUAAAGGAGAUAAGUAGGGGCAGGCAGUUUUCUCGAGAAAAAAAAAUCUGAACGUCUAUUAGACUGCAACAAUGUGUCUGUCUUCUUUGUGAUUGGCGGCCGUCUGCGAGAGAAGUUGUGCGUGUGCCUUAUUUGACCGAGCCAUUCUGGAUUGUUGUUGUAACACUCACUCGACAUGUACCUGAAAGAAACUCACUCACUCCACUCACCCACCCAAUCAUGAAACAAACACACACGAUGCUUUCAGCUAGUCUCGGAAUCUUUUCGCAAAAUAUGCAUGCCCUUAGGGAUUAUCUCAAAUUAGAUAUCAGCAUAUCACAUAUACACAACUUUGUCAUCGGUUCACGGGUUGGUUGUUUUUGUAAGGUGGCAGGCAGUGGGCGCGGGGCAGCAAGUACCAGGGCACUAGGAGAGGACGAGAGGUGUUGUGGGCGGGCUCUACAGCUAGUCGUUAGGGUCAGGCUGGCAAACAUUGUCUCAGUCGCAUCGCCUGCCAUCCCUCCGUCCCCCACCCCCCCUCCACACACACACCCUCCUUGCACUGACCUCAAGAGAGACACAACCGCUCACUUACCACAACAUUGCGCCACGAAGAGCUUCUACUAUUAAGUGCUGUUCCGGAAACAUACAGCUGGGUCUCACACGCUGUUGUUCAUUUUACAUUCACUCGUCAUCGCUAUAAAAUAGGGGGGAAAAAAAUUCUGUAAUCUUGCCAAGAAAUAGGUUGUAAUACUACAAGAAAUAUAUUGUAACAUUGUAGCAACACAUGGUUAUUUUUUGCGUAUAUGAAAUACGUUUUUCGAAAUAAUACGAAGUAUUUCUUACGAAAAUUGGCUCAUACUUUUAAAUUUUAUUUGAUGUUUCAAUAAAAAUAAAAUUUUAGACCAUUUAAAAGAUGAUCGAAUAUUCAGUAAUUGAACUUAAAUUUGUUUUAUUAUGAUUAAUAACGUGCGCAGUUAAUUCCGGAAAGUUAUUCAGGGGACGGUUUACAAAUAACUUUAACUGUUGGAAGUACUGUGACAACACAAACCCAGUAAUUCUGCGAACAAUCUUUUGUAGGGAUACAGUUGUUUUCAUGUAAAAGUAUUUUAUAAGUAUCUGUAAUUUUACAUUAACAUUUAUAUUACAUUUACAAUAACAAAAAAUUACAAUGUAGGUAACGUGGUUUUGUGUUGCCUAGUAGGCUAAAUUUUUAAGUGUAAGAGAAGGCUUAAAGCCUUAAUUUGCCAUAAAGUCUCUGGUAAAUAAAUGAAUAUGUGUAAUAUAACGGGGGUAAUAUGUAAUGCAAGUUAUAAUAAUUCCGAACACUAGCGCGACUUUCACACCAAUUAUUUUUCACUAAAUGAAUGUAAGUUGAAAUUAUUUUUGACAGAAAAACGAGUGAAGAGUGGUAUCGUAUCAAAAUUUACAGAAAUUAAAAAUUAAUGCUAUAAAAAGAAAAUCAUUAAUUAUCCAUGUGUGCCUGAGCAUUAAUAUUUAAACUUACGGUUCGGCUUCACGCGUUAUUUUGAAAUCUUUCAAAUUAUCGGUAUUAUUUGGAUACAUUUUUCAUCUGAUCAUUUGUAAGACAAGAAAGCCAAGAAACCAAUAUUAAAAAAUAACGAAAUUCGUUUGAUCAAACCAUAUGCCAUUUGGCCAGAGGGUUAAUUAAAUACCGCAGUGGCUAAUAAACAACAUAAAAUUAUUUUUAUGUACAAAUGUGUGUGGAGUUUAGCCUGACAACGGAAAAUAACGUGAAUUUUCCAGGCCUCCAAACAAAAUUUUGCAUUUAACGAUUUCAUGUGUCACCAACGAACGUUCUACUUUCAGCAAGCGGCAAAUGAAACAUCUACGUUCCACUGCUUAGCUGUAAACUGGAAUGUGUAGCCACCUGACCAUGUUUGGGAAAAAUUAUUGGCAGAUUAAGAACGAGUUUUUUUUUAUGCGUUUACUAUAUAAGGAGCGACCUGAAAAAUUCGCACUAUCUUCUAGCACCGUACUACAUAAACAAGUUGGUAUCCUGCGUUCAUUUGGCUUCUGCCACAUUUCAACUUCGGUUAGGAUUGCUUUUGUUUUUAUUGGUUUCUUGUCCUGUAGAUCGUGUAUAAUUAGAGACCAGAAAAAUUCGCGGUUUCAUUUCGCAAUAGGCUAGAAUCCAAAUGUGUUUAACGUUUUGCUGCUUCAGUGAUUGGAUUACAGGUUGUCUGAAGGACUCUCAGCCAAUGAAUAAUCCUCAGCUAAAUAAGUAUCGAAUCAAAAUAAUUUUAGUUAGUAAGUGUCACGAGUCAGUAGCCAAUGAGCAUAUGUAAUUUGCCCGAGUGCAUAGAGGAUCCUGGAGUCUAUCCUGUAGGUCACUGAAUUCGCGAAUUUUUCCGGUCCCUAUGUAUAAUAAUUAUCUCAUGUUUAUGUCAUUAAAUUUAUAAUUGUAUAUAUUCUGCCAGCCUGUCUACAAAAUACGAGCGUUUUUUUAAUAAGUGCCGUUUUAAAAUUCUGUCGCUGCGGCGCUGCGGUCGGCAUUCUGCGCAUGCGGGCUGUUCACCUACAACUGUUGGCCAGCCACAAACGCCAUUACGGAGACAUUCAGCCGUGUUUACGUUUGUUUGCGAGUAUUUAAAAUGCCUGCGCCGAUUGAGGAUCUCGCCAACUGUGAAAUAAGCGCUGUUAUUCGUUUUAUUAGUACUAAGGCGUGAAAGUGACUGAGAUUGAUCGUCAGAUCAGUAAAUUGUAUGGAGAAAACUCAUGACCAAUGGUAUGGCACGAAAAUUCGGCCAGAGCUUUUAAAGAUGGCCGCACGAAUGUUCAUGAUGAGGAACGAAAUGGGCGACCUUCUGUCAUUGCUGACGAUUUGGUGCAGAAAGUGGCAGAUAUUGGUGGAAAUUAUGUAGAAAAGUUUUAGGUAUGGAUUUUCAUGUAAAAGUAAAAUGUUAAACAAAGUCUACUUGGUUUUUUUUAUUUCAAAACCGUAAUUACUUAAAAACAAACCUUGUAAUAACGCAAACUUUGGAAGUUACUAGUCAUCAGUUGGAGCCAAUAAAUAAAGACCUCAAACUUAACGUUUUAUUUGGCGACAGUAGUAUAGGAGAUUGUAAACGAUCGUACACUUGCACGAGCCUGGUAAUGGAUCACAGGUUAUUUGAAACACACUGAAGGCUAAGAAGCUGCAUCUUGUGCGACCCGGGGAGAAGGUGAAAUGUGGCAGCGGCCAAUGAACCCAUUAUCAUUGGCUUGACUGUACACGUGUUCGUGGAAUCUAACUUGACAUCCGGAACUAAUGCGAGUUUUGCGGUGAAUUUCAAUUGGAUGUAGAUGAAAGCUGUUAUUUCACUGGAAUACUUCUCAGUUACGUAUAGUUAUAUACUAUCACAAACAGUGGCGUAAAAUCUGAAGGAAAGGGGGUGACGUUUGUUUGUUGAUAACACUUCGAAGACUUUAGAUAGAGACCGGAAAAAUUCGCAUAUUCAUUUCGCGGUUGGUUAGAAUUCGAAUAGUUUUAUCUUUGAUCUGCUUCUCUAUUGGUCCACAUUUUAUGUGAAGAACUCUGAGCCAAUUAGAAACCAUAAUCAAAUUAAGUACCGACUCACAAGCAACCCAUAUUAGAAAUCUCUGAAGCGAGCAACCAAUGAGCAGGAAACUUUUGCCCAAGCGUGCAUGAGAUUGUGGAGUUUAUGCUAGAGGGCAUUGAAGCCGCAAAGUUUUCCAGUCGUUAACUAUAGAGGAUACAACUUGGCCCAAUAGAUUUUUAUUUUUUAAAUUUUGGUAUGUGUCCCUAACAACUAAAGGCUGGCCACCCCUAUUCUACGUCAUAUCUUUAGUCUACAAAACUUAUCGUUUGUGAGAAGCUAUAUGUUAAAAUAGAGACAAUGGCAAUUGCGCUGUGACGAUAAGUAGGAAACCAGAAAUUUCGCGGAAUCAUUUAGUGUCAGUCUAGAAUUUGCAGUCCUUUGAAUACUUUAACAACAUUAGCUUUCUUAUUGGCUGAUUUUUACUGCAAAAAAACCUGCCCUUAUUUUGAAUGAAUCGACAAGAUUUGGUCGCUAUAGAGACAGCUGGUAUUUGAUUGGCCUACUUUCGUAAGGAGAUCGGUCUUCUCCAAGGUAAAAAUGUAACCACAGAAAUCUGAGCAAUUUUAGGGUAUCCAGCGGUAUAGUCUGUGUCAUAUAACUUGUAUUAAAUUCGAUAGUUCUCAAAAGUAGUACUAACAAUUACGGACCGGAACAAUUCGCAUUUUCAGUUACCACUAGGCGAGACUCUACAGUCUUGUGUAUACUCGGACAAAUGCCACCUGUUCAUUGGCUAGCGACUAGUAGGACAUCUCAACUUGGUAGCCUGUGAAUUGGCAAUCCUUUAGUUCAGGGGUACCAAUUCAUGAGUAUAUCCUAUUAACUGUGUGUCAAUAGCGGAAUUAGCUUAAACAUAUUUUAAUUUUAUCCUAAUGCGAAAUGAAUCCGCGAAUUUUCACGAACCUUGCCAAUGGAGACAGGAAAAAUUCGCGGAUUCAUUUCGUGAUAUGCUAAAAUUCAAUUGAUUAUACAUUAUUGCUUCAACUGAUUUUGGUUCACUGUCCAUCUGGUGGUAUCCUGGCCAGUUAAAAACUUUCAGUCAAAGAAGUGUCGAAUUACAAGUUACCCAGUUGAGACGUCUCACAAGCCAGCAGCCAAUGAACAGACGACGCGACGUUCGCCCGAGUAUGCAGAGGAUCUUGGAGUUCAUCGUGGAGGCAGUGGCGUAGCGUGCCAUCUCGGCGCCUGGGGCGGGAGACCCAUUUUGCCGCCCCCAUUCUAUAGGUGCUUAAUUAAAAUUAAAUUUCACAUGCAAUGAGGUACCUUUUAUUGAAGUUAAAAUAGGAUGAGCGGUUUUACAAGCGGAUUCUACGGGCCUUAUGAGCAGCGAAGUCAGAAAUAACUUUGUCAAAAUCAAUAUUAGCAGCCAAUUCUUGUUCCAUCAACAAUAUAGCCAAGUUUGAUAGUCUAGCGGAGCUCAUAGUAGAUCUGAGGUAAUUUUUUAUUAGCUUCAACUUCGAAAAACUUCUCUCACAACUUGCAACACUAAUCGCCAAAGUCAAAUAUAUACGAAUCAAGAUGACUAUAUUUGGAACCGAAAUUCCGAGAUUCAGUUUUUGAAUGAACUGGAGGAGCUCCAGUGGUCCUUUACCACUUAUAUCUUCCUCUGAUUCAGAACAGGCAACAACAACAAACUGCUGAAGACGCUUCCGCUCCAUCUGAAACUCGUCCUUGUCGAUGUCUUCUAAUACAUGGGAAAGAUCGCACUCGAACUUGCUGUCCAAAAGUUUCGCUGGCAUCAAAAAUCCGAACUUGUCCGAUAUUUCUUGAAUUUGCUGGAAUCGAGUCGUCAUUUCUUGAAUGAUCUUGUCGAAUGAUGCGAUAAUCUCGCGACGGAUUUCCUGUUCGUGAGACAAAGCUGCAUCUUCAGAAGAUUCAUCGCCAUGCAUGCGUUUUUUCCUGCGAAUUCUUCUCGUUUUGAGUUCGAUUCCGAGUUUUUCGCAGAGAGUCUUAGCAAAGUCAAUUGCUUCUUUCACGAAACGGUCUCUACUUUCCACUAAGAGGGUUUUCAAAGCGCAGAGUUUCUGAGCACACUUAUCCACACUUAGUCCUCGUUGCUGCAGGUAAAUCUGUGCGUCAUCUACUUCAGGUAGCACUGCAGCCCAAAAGCCAAGAAAAUUUAGGAAGUUAAAUGACUGCAUGGCUGUCAGGAGAAGACUGGCUCCCGAUCUUGUUUUGGAAGUUUGAGAUGAAUCUGUUAAUUGUUCCAGUACCUCAAGAACUACCUCAAACUUAUUUUUAAGCAUCUUGACAGCUACAUUUCUAGCGCUCCAGCGCGUUUCAGUGACUCGUUUUACUGCUUGACCUGUGACGGCAACCAAAGCGUUCCAUCGAACAGUUGAUGCGGAAAAGAAGGCAAACAGCUUCUCCAGAGGUCCAAAAAACGUCACGGAAUCCACUGAUUCAGAAGCAGCGUGUACCCCAGCCAAUUUUAGUGAGUGGUUUGUGCAUGCAACGAAUAUAGCUUUCGGAUUCAGUGCUUUAAUCCGGGCUUGAACUCCAUUGUGGAUCCCUGACAUUGUGGCAGCAUUGUCAUAUGCCUGUCCUCUCAGAUUCUGUAUGUCCAGUCCGUCUGAUGUUAUCUUCGCGAUUAUAUCGUUGCUGAGAUCUUCUGCAUUUUUUCCUUUUGGUUCGAAGAAGUCAAUGAAAGAUUCUACCACUGCGACUUUUUCUCCUUCGAUAUGUACGUAUCGCAGAACCUGGCUCAUUUGGUCAUUGUGGGAGAUGUCUGGUGUACUGUCGAAGAUUACGCAAUAAUAUUUAGCUUCUUGAAUACGACGGAUGAUGGUGGAUCGAACUUGCUGUCCCAGUAAGUUUAUAAAUUCAUUCUGGGUUUCUGGAGAUAGAUACGAAACUGAGACUCUUGCUCCCAGCUUUAUCUUUGUCAGGUGUUCCAUUAGAAGAGGGUCGUAUUUAGCUAGGAGGUGCACUAACUUCAGAAAGUUCCCGCGAUUGCCACUAUCAUCUCCUCGAAUGUCUUCUCGAUGUCCUCUGAAGGCCAGAUUCUGUUUGGCUAAGAACUGAAUAAUAUUCAGCAACCUGUACAGUACAUCCCUCCACUUCUUCUCCUCACUUUCGAAAACUUCUUGUUGUUUCUGAUCGAUGGUUGCUUUACAGUUCAGGCGAACAUCCAACUCCUUCCAUUUCAAGAAGCUCUGUUCAUGGCCCAGGCUAUUUUCAUGGUCUCCUAUUCUUGGAUUUAGCUUCCACCAUUUGUUGAAUCCUUCUUCAGAUGCGAAGUUAGAGCCUGAAUUGCCAAACAGCUUGCAAGAAAAACAAUACAAGGAUUGCUUCAAAGGCGAGUACACCAUCCAUGUUCGGAGAACCUUUUCGCCGUUAGAUAAUGGUUUGUAGAACCACUCUUUGGAUAGUUUUCGGGUACCGCCUUUCAUUGAAGUCCCUGAGCGAACAACAUCGGCAAAUUUGGAAUCGAUGUGCUGUACUGAGUCAGAUCCGCGACGUACUAGAAGCGUUCUUACUUCGUCGGUCAUAGGAGAAGGCCAGCAACCUACAUCGUCGAGAUUCACAUCUUUGAUUUUGGCAGGAGCAGAAGGCACGAUUUCAAUUAUGUCUUCUUUGGCAACAUUCACUUUUUCUGCAGGCUUAUGACUAGAUGCUUGAGGUACUUUUGAUGAGUCGACUUCGUCUUGACCCUGCUCUGUGGUGGGACCAGAACUACUUCCAACUGCGACGGCAGGUACGUCUUCUUCUUGUACCUGUAAAAUGAGUUAUGUAUUCCCAUGAAUAUUGGCCUGAGGACACGUUCGAAUUUCAAAUAAGUAUUUUAUCUAUCACAAAACAAAAGUGGUUUUGGUGACGGCGCGGUUUGCCAGGCUUAUAGGAAAAUUUACAAACAAAAUUGAUUUUGUAUGGCAGCUACCAUUUUUAGAGUUUCCCGGUAAAAACUGACUGAGUAAGCCAUGUUAUAGAUGUUAUUAAAAGAUAAAAUGACGAGAAAUUUGAGAAAAAUCGUUGGCGCCAUUUUUGAGCUAAAUGAAAAAUUAUGUUUUCUUUGUAUGACAGGUACCAUAAAUAAUCAAGUUAUCCAAAAACAAAAAAAAACAAAAAUAUUCCUAGACUACUACCUGAUUUACAAAACAUCCCCUAUUGAAGUUUUAAAUUCAAGUAGCAGGACAAAAUUCAGUCGUAAACUUAAAAAGAUGUACCUUAACUCAAUGUAAUUUAUUUUAAUAUACUCCAUACUUUUUAAACAAUUAUCAAUGUUCAAACAGCUAUUAGAGCAAUUUUAAGUGUAUUAUAAAAUAAGAUUUAAUGAACGAGUGUGACUCCGUACUCGCAGACAAACCUAGGUGAAUAGGUUUUGCGAGACUAAUGUAAGAAAUAUUGUAACUUUUGUAAACAAUAAAUAAAUAAUAAUUAUAAAUAACUGGAGUAAUUCUAGGCCAUGCAUGAUUCUAGAUGGAGGAAUCAUAUACCUACUUACACUGGAAUCACUUCCGCUGCUACAGGAUGCCACCGAAGACGUUAACGUGGCUUUCGAACCAGAAAUGGAACUAAAAUAUUUCAGUAAUGCACCUUGAGACUUCUUCGCAUCUGCUUCUUUCUUAGCCUUUUUUUUUGCGGAAUCCCGCACCGCUUUCUUUGACUCUUUUCAUUUUCAAAAACUAGUUCAAAGAUUGGGUAAAGUUCUAAAUGUUUAGUUUUAGAAGAUUCAACAGUAUUGUUACGAUUUCCCUGCGGGUUCGUAAAGGAUAGCCCAAUUAAAAGAUUUUAUUUCACACACACAGUUUUACUUAUUACCACUACUUGUCACUUACAAAUAAUCUUCUAAAUUAGCAAAUAAUUAAUUAAACUUAAAUAAAUGUCAAUUCCGCAGUUACUCGUUCAAUACACCUCGCUGGGCCGCAACUCUGGCGCAACUCUCGCCGCAGCACCCCUCGUGGGUCUCCGCCGCGGGACUCCGUCGCCGCACUCCGCCGCCGCCGUCACACCCUUCGCCGAGAUCCCACUCGACGACUCGCUCGCAACUUCCACUCGGGACUCCGCCGCGCCCGCAACUCUAUCGCCCGGAAACUCCCGACUCCACUGAACUCACUCACUCCCUGCCCUGGAACCUUCGUCCAAGGACUUCGCCACUCUGCCGCACCCGCGGCACUAUCGCCCGGAUCUCCGCCGCGGGAGAACUCACUCAGUCUCCGACUCAGACUGACUGACGUCCUCGGGCCUACCUCCUUAUAUAGCCCUUGGGUUCCCGUCCAGAACAAUCGGGUAUGUCUCCGAGAUAUCGCGCGACCUUCGCCGUCGAAAUGUCCAGAAACGCGUCGUGAGUCCUGGCGAAGGACGCGGCGGCUGCUCAAAGAAUGCCGAUAAACGCAACAGCAUCGGGUUCCCACAAAAUGCGCCGAUAAACAUGUCUUGAGUCCUUUUAUGCCGCAGUGCGGCCUUUUUUAAGUAACUCGAUCUGAGGCAGAUGCGCGCUGCGACGGUCAGGAUGUUGCGAGAUAGUAUGACACGAGAUACCAGGGAGACGAUGCGGGUGGAAGGGGGCGCAGACAGGCCGAACGAGCGCGGCGACGCCAAGCACUGCAGCCAAGCGCGAUCGUAACAGUAUUUAAAAGAUCGAAACACAAUCAAAAUGACUUUCGUUCCGUAUCCGAAACUCUCGCGAAACAAACAUACGAGUAAAGCGUGAUUGCGUAACGGUAUUUCACGAUGCACUAAAACAAACAAAGAUCAGUACUGUAGCAUGUGUGCUACAGCUGCUACCUUUGAUAAUGUUUAUGUUGGCAGAAAUGGUUAACGUAUUUUAUUAAUCUUUCGGAUGCCCUGGUAAUACGAGUUAUUUUGGAUUUAAGUUUGUUAUAUGUUGCUUUAAAAAAGAAAUUUGUAAUUAUUGUUUAGUCUUAUUAUUUUUAAGUUUAAGAUUUUAAGUUAUUAAAUUGGUCUGGAAAGUUCGAGGACACUACCGAAUAUGUUGGUAAUCGCUGCGCUAGACGGCGCGCGAGCAGAACAGCUGAUUGUGUGACGUCAGGUGAGACGGGCGAGCGGAGUCGCCUGGUAGGCCCAGGCGGGCGCGCACGUGAAGUAAAACGCGGGUUGGCCAUGGUGAUGGUUCCACAUCGAAGUAACUGUAUACGAGUGUUCCUUUUUGAAUAUGAACGGGGUUCAUUUAUAUAAUUUAGAACGCUUUGGUACGAUGAACGCGAGUGGUUGGUGAGGCGUGUGUGAAUAUCGCGAGGAUUUUCCAAGGAUGAAUUAUGUGCGCCGAAAUAAACUCCAAGCCGGUAUGGCGAAGGAUUCGUCAUAUCCGUACAAUUACCUGCAGCUACGGUAACGUAUAAUGGCAAGGGUUUGCCAUUAAAAACACUCGUGAGCAAACGAGUGUAUUUGGUGACCGGACAUCACGACGUCAAAAAGCAAGUAGGGGAACCUGGGGCAAAAUGGGGUAUCUAAUGGUUGGAAGGUAAUAAAAGUAGUUAGAAAUGUUACAAAUUGAUAAAUUUGAUGUAAAAAUGAUACUUUAGUCUAUGAAGAAUAACUAAAUCAUAAAUUGAAAAUUAAAAAUUACUAUUGAUUUUAAUAAUCAUUAUUUAAAUGAGAAAGUGCAUUUUGCCCCAUUUUGCCCCUAGUAUGGGGCAAAAUGGGGUAUAGUUAUAAUAAAUUUGGAAACAAAUAAUUUGAAUUUUCCAAAUAAGUUGAAUAAGUUUAAUAUAUAGUUAACAUUAAGCAUUAAAUAAGAGCAUACAAUUAUGUUGAAUGAAAAGACAUAAAUUUAUGGCAGUUAGUGUGCACAGGGUUCACAGAUGUGAACCACUUCGUCAUCAUCACUGUCAUUACCAGCACACGAAUUGUGAGCCCACUUUAAACAUCUUGAACAACUUAUCCAUCCUUCAUUUGACUUAGAAUAAAAGUCAUUGCAGUACAGGCACUCCGCAUCGUCAUCUUGACUUUCUUCACUCUCACUUAUUGAGCACUUGAGGAGAGGAGACUUUAUGUUUUUCUUUCUUUUCUUUUUUUGCUCAUCUAAAUUGAGCUGUUUCUGUGCUGUUCGUGUCAAUUUUUUGGUCUUUUUAUUCUGGAUGACAAGUAAUUCUGCCUUAUAGGGAGAUGCAGUAAGAAUUGUUGUUGUUCCCCUUUUACGUGUUUUCCUCUUUUCGUCUUGUGCUACUUUGGGGACAGGUAGAACAUUUUCAGGAGAACAAUUUGGGAAAGUGAAGAGAGUAGCUCUACUUUGAAAGGAUGUUUCAGUCAAGGGCGUUGAAGUUGCUGUUUGGAGUUCUGCAUCUGCCGAGUUAGAGCACCCUUCUUGAGGGUCAUCUGUGGGAGGAAUUUGCAGAGGUGGUACAGUGCUAGGACCAUCAGCUAGUAAACCUAUGUCAGUGGGAUCUGCAGGAAGAAAAUCUACUUCAGUGAACACAUUCCUAUCAACAGGCCAGAUCCCAGUCUUCCGAAAACCACUGAUGGCAGUCAACCUAGUUGCAGCCUGCAAGUAAGCUGAUUCAAACAGAGAUGCAAGCUGAAAUAACGUCACUACGCGUCCAGGAUGAGAACGCAACCAUUUCCUCACUUCAUCUUCGUAAUACUUGCUGAGGGGCUUCAUGAAUGUUACAUAUAGUGGUUGUAGACUAUGUAACAGUGAGGAGGAAAGCACAAUAAAAUAACACAAUUUUCCCGGGCUGUAUCAUUUAGUUGAAGGUUUUUAGUAUGAGAUGCAUGCCCAUCAAGCAAGAGAAGCACUGGUGAUUGUUCGGAUGCUCUAGAAAAGAUAACUAAUUUAUUAAACCAUGAAAAUAAAUUAUUCCUUUGUGAUCUAUCCUUUAUCUUCAGCCUCAGCCCAUGAUCCAGGAGGUAGUCCUGUUUGAAACUCUUGUUGCAUCCUUUUCCUUGAAAAGAUUAGCAUAGGUGGUAUAUAAACACCAGCAGCCGAAAAACAAAUUUCUGCUGUUACAGUUUCCCCUCUUUCAGCUGAAGUCACAGUACAAACCUGCCGUCUACCCCUCUGAGAAAAAAAUCGAGAGUGACCUUUGGAAUUAACAGUGAUUCCCGUCUCAUCAACAUUAUAAAUUUUAUCUGCAGUGAGGCCAUAUUUGUCAAAAACCUCUGUUAAGAGAUCAAAAAACUUCGAUACUGCUACUUUAUUGAAGCCCAUUGCACGUGCCGCCGAUGUAGCUUCAGGUUUUCGACGAGAAAUUUCAGGAUGCCUUAGAAUUUCAGAGACACAGAUUUGUACAUUUUAUGUAAGUAGAUUUUUUUAGAAUAAAUAAUCUACGCAGAAUAUCAUAAAUUGUCAUUUCAGUAUUUAGUUAAACAACCAUGGGGCAAAAUGGGGUAGUGGGUACCCCGUUUUGCCCCUUGAGAAACAUUUUUGGUUACAACCUUCUAGAUAAAAAUGUACUGAUCUAAAACAUUAGAUGGCAUUCAUAAAUUGUCGCUAAAGACAUGCACAUUUUAAUUAGUAAAAGUAUAAAUUUUUAAUAGUUAACUAUAUUUAGUUACCUCGGCUGGAAUAUCACGUAAAUAUUGCAAAGCACACAGUCUGAAACAGCAUACUGCCACUUCUAACGAACUGCAAACAACAGGAUGGCUCCGGAAACGCUGUGGCGCUGUGUUUCACUUUGGAGUUUAAGUUCCGUCUACACAUAACAGGUGGUAGCACGUUAUUGACGAUAAAAUCGUGGUACCCCGUUAUGCCCCGCUUCCCCAUUCUGCCCCAGGUUCCCCUAAGUGCCAGCCGUGCCACCGCCCCGUUCACCCCUUUGACCCCUGGUGCGAAACUAUAAUUUGUGGAUUUUUGGGAUUUAAAUUAACGGACUAAUAAAACUGAAACAGGGAUUUUACGUUCAGCGUGUUUCACCCAAUCCCUGCCAGACCUAGAAGAAAAAAGGCGUCGACCGUUAGAAAAUGACUUAACUGAGAAGGGCUUGUAAACCCAUAAUUUGUAAUUUGCUAAAUUUUUGGUAUAUUUAUUUGCAUGUUAAGGUGUGUCCAUUUUUUUCUAGAUUUCGCCUAUGUUAAUUGGUAUUUACAGCGGUGAUACGCCCGGUGCGUAUCUAUAUUUGUAUUUGUAUUUGUAUUAAUAUGUUCUUAUAUAUUUUAAAUGCCUUUUUGGUAAUUAUAUUUAAUUUUCGGAGCUCCGAAGUAUAUGAUCAAAUUAUAAUUUUUGGGGGGAAUUGUUAAAGUAUUUUUUUAGUAUUAUUAUAUAGCUAUUUUUAUAAGUAGUAAUAGGGUAUGUAUUUUAUGAUGGAUGCGCCGAUUUGUGAUGAAACGAUUUUAUGAUAUAUAUAUUUAUUAAAUGUUGUCAUAUAAAUUUUGCGUCUUUUUAACUUGCUGCCUCCUCUCACUGUUCGCAACCUUAUUAGUAUUUUUUAAGCCUGCUAUUAGUUUGGGUUUUAAUAUUUUUUUGGGUUUACCUGCGCUCGCGGUACGGGGCAAUAUAUGAGUUUUACUGUGUCCCGGUUUGCGGAAGUUGUUUGGUUUGCCCUGGGUUAAGGUCAAACUUUACAGUAGAAUGCGUAGUACUAAAUUCAAUGAGUGCGAAAGAGAGGCAUCGACACGGGCCGACGCGUGAAACAAAAUAUUUUGUAUGAGUAAUGAACAUAAUAAGGAGUGCCGCUCAACUCAGCUCGCGCGCCGUGAUGCGAUGUUGCCGUUCGUAUGUAAACAAACAAACAUUAUAAGAGCUCUGUCAGUGAUUUCGCAGUUUUUCUUUUAAAUAAAUAUUAAAAAAUAGUUGGUGCGCAAAAUGUUAGAUAAAAAUGGAACAUUAAAGUGUGUCUGACACAUGUAAUGAAUGAAUCAUAGAUCAGAUCUCAACCCGCUUCACCGGCGACCCGCCCCCGCGGGCUGCCGCCCGGGGCGGGCCGCCCCCUCCGCCCCACCCACGCUACGCCACUGCGUGGAGGUCACUGAACCUCGCGAAUUUGUUCAGUCCCUACUUACCAAUGGUCUGCUUAAACAUCGACAAUGUUGUUCGGUCAACAGUUUUUGAAAACCACGUCGUGUGGUUGUCAGUGUUCGCAAACAAACAAUACGUGAUGCUCUGAAAGUGACAGGAAAUGGGUACCGCUGUUACUACUGCGCACUGUCGAAUUAGAGGCAAAACCCAACACCCUGUACCGGAAUGAGUACCUAUUCUCCGCUCCGACACACCUACCAGUUUUCUCCUUGCGUGCUACGCUCGCCGUCCCUCCCCUACUCCCCUCCCCCCCCCCCCCCCUCUAACGGUCGCUCCUAAACUCUUUUCGCCCUGCGGUGGUAUUUCAGUGUCGCGGACUGGAAGCCCGAGAUUCACCGAACCCCAAUCAGUCAUCGAACAUACGUGAAGUUCGCUACUCGCUCGUGCAUCUUUGCGAUCAAAUUAUAUACUUAUGAAAGAUAAAUGUGUGCGUGGAGUCCCCGCGCGACAGAAGUAAAACUUCUUGCUUAUUAGGUAUGGAUUAGUUAUUAGUAUUUAUUUUAUUGAACAUGAGAUAAUUGAGAAUAGUAAGGAUGCAGGCAUGAACUCAAAUGAAAAAUGCUUUUUUUUUUCCGCGUCCUGUACCUACCUCUUGCAUUUCGUUCACUGGCACUUUUUGGCGCCUCUUUUGGCGGUUUAUUAUCACGUUGCCUUUGAUAAUACCUCUUAUCUGCUUCUGCCUUUUUAUUAUUUUGAAGCAUUAUGUAAAAUCACGAUCUCCAGCUGAAUAAAAUGAAAGAACAAAAAAACCCACUUCUCUCUAUCUUACAAGUAUAUAAGUCCUUUAGACAUUUUAAAUCACACUAUUCACAUAAAAAGGAAUGAUACUUAUAAAGUUAAUUGCACAAAUCAAUAACUCUUUUCCACACGAAUCAAUAAAUUGUCGAUAGUUUUAAUCAAGUAAAAGAAAUAUUGUGGCGUCAAUCGUUAACCAUUACGAAAAUUGAGGAGUAAAAAACACAAGCAGCGUUACGAGAAUUCCGUAUCACUGCUGCGUAAUUUCUACCUCUCCCCUGCCGUAUCCGCUCCGGCCGUUACAACUAGCAAAUAGCGUUACAGUUGGCGCUGACACACAUUCCUCUAUCGGUUCCCCUACCACGUACCUGACUAUUCCCCUCUUGCGAUCGGAAUUUUCUUAACGCUCGAAAAUUGUAGCUCCCUCAGCAAAGAAGUUUGACUUCUAUAACCAUUUUGUAAGAAUUCAUACAUGUUCAUAGCAAACCAAAAUUUUUAUUGAGGCGUAACAUCUUAGCUCUUGGUAUACGGCAUUUGGCGAGGGUAAUUUCGUGAAUGCGACCGAAGCCAAAAUAAAUGUGUAACCAUGGUGCUGCCAUCUGUGGCGGAUGGCGCAAACUUCCGUUUACAAGAACAAAAGGGGAACUUUAUAGUUUUAACUGUUAUAUGAAAUAAAAUUUAUUGUCAAAAGCCGGGGUUUAUUUUUUUUCAAGUCUUUUUCGCUCUUACCGGAGCCUUUUCAUUAUAUAUGUGGUUUAAAAUUUGGGUCUGCAAAUCGAAUGAUUCGAUAGUGGACGUAGCUGUUCCGGCAGCGAAUUCUAGCCGCAGGUGAGGAAACACGCGUGAUUCACGUUUCGAAAUGUAGUUGACACAAUUUGCGUAUAUUUAAUAUGAUCGACAUUAUUUUUGAGAAGUCAGCAUAUUAUUUUGUAUCCAAGUUUAGCAUUUUAAGUGUAUUUAUAACAUGAGAAUACAUAAAAUUUCUCGUUACCGUGGUUAGGCGAUACACAUCAAUGGCGAGUACUGAAAGACCCGCUCACGAUAUUUUUUUUUAAUGUAAUAAACUUAACCUUACCCAUUAUUACUUUAUAAACACUAUUUGAAAAAGAAAUCUCGCGGAUUACUCGGGCGUCUGACUCGGAGUCAAUGAACACUAAGAUUCUCACCACGGAAGCACCGGGAGAAAGAGGUGUGUCGGCCGAUCCCGGGCGCUGAUUGGUUGGCGCCUGGAGUCACGCCAUGCGCGUGACGUCACGCGUCUCCUCACGGCGGAGAAAGCGCAUGCGCUCUUCCCGGUGCGCCGUUUAUUUCGAGAUGGUCGCCUGACUAGGUCGCCAAACGUAGUGCAGACCUCCAGGUGUUGCCGCGUCAUUUACAUACCGCUCGAGAUUUAUUACAACUGUCUGAUUACGGACAGCUUUUAAGGGCCAUUGCGUGUUUUUAUACAAGUUUCCUUCCAUGUUUUCGUCUAUAACGGGCAUUUUUAGGACAGUGAAAAAGGUCAAAACGGGUGAUUCCAUUGGCAUUAAUAAUUCAUUACUAGAGACCUGCAAAAUUCGCGGUUUCGAUGGCCUUCAGGAUAGACUGCACAUUCUCCUGUACACUGGGCAAAUAACGCAAGUUCAUUGGUUGUUGACUUGUAAGUCGUCUCAGCUGGUUUGUCUGUGAUUCGAUCCUUCUUUCCUUAAGGGUUUAUAAUUGGUUGAGAUUCGCCAAGAUGAACAGUAAGCCAAUAGCAAAAUUACCUAAGAGGUAUAUGUGUUUGAAUUCUAGCCUAUCACCGAAUGAAUCCGCGAAUUUUGCAGGUCUCUAUUCAUUACACAGUAUUGCAAGUGGUACAGGGACGUGCAGGGUACUUCUGUCUUUAGUGUUCCGUCACAGAGUGCUAGGGUGACCGCUGCAAGUCUCGCAGAGGCGCGUUACCGACGAGAACACUGCGCGCCAGUUCUGUGCCGGGCCCGUAGAGGCUGCGAGGCGUGCGAUGCGCGAGCCAGAGUCGCCCUUAGCGCCCCCGCGCUGCUAUAGCUCGUGCGCCCGAACAGGCGGACACCUCAAGACCGCUCUGCUGGGUGGUUUGCGAGGAGUCACCGCCCGGAUGACGGGUGGGUGGUGAGUGCGGCCACCCGCCACCAGGAGUGCGUGCGUCACUGGGUACAGAAAUACAGAAGUGAAUUAAAAGAUGAAAGCGGACCUCGCAUCCAAAAGCCCACGCCACCAAGAGGUGGACUCUUUUCUGCCCACGCCAAAACUUCAUUCAUACCAUCCUCUGUCUCGUAUAUUCCUAUGAUAUUAGUGCAUGACUUAUUGCACCCCGCAUGUCUGAGCCCAGGGUUUUCCCUGUGUCUAUUCAGGUUUUACCUGGGCCCAAAUAAACAGAGUUUUAGUCCAGAGUUAGGAUAUGGGAGUUAGCCAUAGCUGGGCAAUCCCCUCCUAGCACACGAUGAAUGCGACCCUUCCCUGCGUGGCUAAUCCCAUCAUGACUAGGCGUACAGGCUUCGGCCUGAGGCACACCUGGGUCCCUCCCUAACCCCGGACGCCUCCUGCAGAUACCCUUGGUUUUAGUUACGUAAAAACAGGGGCGGGGGGGGGGGAGUUAUGACUAACAAUUUCUUGUGUCUCUACAGUAUGAUGAACGCUGCGCUAUCUCUACAUAUCAAUAUUAUCUCAUGGUUGUAAUGACAGGAUUCUAAGAAUUUUUUAAUUUUAUGGUUAUAAAUAAUAACAUAAAGUGUUAAAGGGCAGUUUAAUAGUAUAAAGUUUUAUUUUUUAAAUACUUAUGCGCGGUGAAAAUUCUGCAAUGUUCAGAUGUUCACGAAAUAAAUAUACAGGGUGUCUACUGGUCACGGAAGUCACGGAAGUCAUGGAAAAGUCAUGGAAUUUGGGGUAGGGUCACGGAAGUCACCGAAAAGUCACGAAGUUUGGAAAGAGGGCACCGAUUUUUUUUUGUGGAGAACAUAAAUGUGAUGUAACUCGCAAAAACCUCUGGAACACCUGUUUACUUGCCCUCCCUUAGAUAGAGAUAACGGCUGAAAUAUCCAUCUUUCUCGCUAUCUAUCUCACUGCGCCGUCCGUAGUGUUUUUUCUUUGUCAAGUGCAAGCGAGGAGAAAAGAAUACCGAUCGAUUACAUGAUGUAACAAACGUACGAGAACUAUUGUGUACGUACUAGUACAAUGGGACCAUAUAUCUUACCAACAAGAGCAAACCCAAACAUUAAGUGUAGGAUAAUAAUCGUGUUUGUACCACGUGCGAGUAUCGUGGGACGCCCAGGGCUGACAAGCACACUUCGAAAGCUGUUGCGUUGUUAAUUAUUUAUUUAAGGAACAGAUAUAUCGUUUCAGCCCUUUUUUUUAUUCAGUGAGGAUGUAAGGUUUUGUAUGUAGGAAUAUGUUUUUUUUUUUUUAAAUAAUGACGCUGUAACUGCUAGACUGGUUCUCACUUUCACCUACGCUUCGAUCAAUGUUGGCAAUAUGUUAUAUGCUUUGCUCUCACAUGAAACAACUGCGUUUGUUUGGAUUAUUCGCGGACGGUAUUUUUUGGUGUCCUUGCAGUUAUAGUUUAUUAUGUUUCAGCCAAACAUAAUUUAUAAUUAAUAAUAUGCCGGCGUACAACAGUUUGGGGAGGUUAAGUUUAUUUUUUUUUGAUUUCGUGGCCGCUACGUUUUAUGACGCAUUAUUUACAAUUAGUAAACGGCCGGCGUUUUUUGUAAUGAUAUUUCUUUGUGAAAGAAGUAGAAAUGGGCCCCAUUCUCACUAAUUAACAAUCGGUAAUUUAUUUUUUAUUAAAAUUACAGUGAGUUGGUUAAGUGUGUAUAUUUUCAUGUAGGCCAAUCUGUUUUAACCGCCCACAAGGCUCAAUAGUUGUAGACUGCCCCACGGUUCACUAUGUUGACAGUUUUUUUUAAUGAAUGAAGUGUUUGUGUAACAGUUUUUUUACAAGAUGCCGGGUAAGUGCCACUUCCAAGAGAUGUGGUUGGAAGAAGAAGGAUGGAGAACUUGGCUGAGAAAAGGCAAAGAUAAAUUUUUUGGUUUUUGUUCUCUUUGUAAAAAACAAAUUGAUGUGUCCCACUCUGGUGUGAAUGCAAUAAAAAGCCACGAGAAAGGCAAGAAGCAUAGUGAAUUUUCCAGUUGCCUGAAAUCUGGAAAACAAAAAACUCUGUCUUCCUUCAGAGCUAUACCCAUGGAUACUGACGGGCCUUCCAUGAGUGUUCCUCAGGCUAAUACACCCAGUCCAUCUUUGCCAGAACCUAAGCCUAGCACGUCUGCUUCUAGCCAAGAACAUACUGCUGAACCAUCAAGGCUGUCAACUUUCCUAGUUAAUGACAGUGUGACAAAAGCAGAGAUUGUGUGGGCAACUCACUGUGUUUUCACACAUGCUUCAUCCCGCUCGGGAGAAUUAGCAGUGAAGCUGUUUCCCAUUAUGUUCCCAGAUAGCUCUCUAGCCUCUAAAAUGAAAAUGCAUAAGGAUAAAAUUGCAUACAGCAUAACAUAUGGACUUGGACCCCAUUUUGCGAAAUGUGUGUCACAUAGUGUUCAGAAAAGCCCAUUUUAUGCUUUGUCAAUUGACGAAAGUUUAAACGAUGUUUGCCAAAAGGGGCAAAUGGACAUUGUUGUAAAGUAUUGGGAUGCAGAAAACAGUUGUGUUUGUACAAAAUAUCUGACAUCUGCUUUCCUGGAGCAUUCAAAAGCUGCAGAUUUGCUCAAUAAUCUUAUUGUAUGCAUUGGAGAAGCUGACCUGUCUCUAGGAGGCUUGGUGCAAAUUGCAACUGAUGGACCCAAUGUUAAUUUGAAACUGAUUUCCGACCUGAAAAGUUACAUGAGAUGUACUCUUGACAGCGAAAAAGAAAUCUUGGACUUAGGCACCUGUUCAUUGCACAUUGUAAAUGGUGCAUACAAAACAGCUCAUGCAAAAGUUGGUUGGCAACUUAAUGAGUUUCUUAGAGCACUUUACAGUCUUUUCAAGAACUACCCAUCUCGUCGUGCAGUUUAUCAACAGAUCACUGGCUCCAGAAUGUUCCCGAAAAAGUUCUGUGCCAUACGAUGGACUGAAAACUCAUCUGUGAUGAAAAGGUGCUCAGAAAUUAUUCCACAUCUGAAGAAAUACGUUACAGACAAAGAGAUUGAAAAGAAUCCUCCAAACUCCCAGAACUUUCAUGUGGUAAAGAAGGCCUUGUUGGAAGACCCAGUACUAGAAGCUAAGCUACAUUUCUCUGCCAUGAUAUCUGAAGAGCUGGAAGAAUUUUUGACAUGUUUUCAGAGAAACGAUCCCCUACUGCCUUUUCUUUAUCAAGAAGUUUUCCAGUUGAUGAAGAACAUUGCGAGUAGAGUGUUUACAAAAUCUGCAAUGGAAAAGGUUGUUAGUGCAUCCCAGUUAAAACAUUUGAAUGUCAAAAAUGAGACUGACCUAAGAAUGCCAGAUUCUAUUGAAAUUGGUUUUGGAGCAACAUUUUGCCUAAAGAAAGUAAAAGAACUACACUCUCUUAGAUUUAAAGCAGAUUGCAAACAGUUUUUGUUACAGUUGUUUUCCAAGCUUGAAGAGAAAAGCCCUUUAAGGAAGCGAAUUGUGCUUGGGUCCACUUGCUUAUCUCCUUCAGUGAUUGUCAAAGAUGUCAGAACCUCGAGGGCCAAGAUUGCCAUUGAAGAACUUAUUUCUCUCAAUCACCUGUCACCAGCAGAUGGGGAUGUUGUGUUAAGAGAAUAUGCUAAGUUUUGUGCACUUCCUGAAGUUCUGAAAGCAACAAAGUUCUUUAACUGGAAAAAGGAUAGCCUAGAUAAGUUUUUGUUUCAACUGCUAAGCUCGGCAAUGGAGAAUGCCCAUAACCUGUUUGUUUCUUUCAUUCAGCGUUUUUUGAUUUGCUUUCAUGGUAAUGCAGCAGUUGAGAGAAGUUUUUCUUUCAAUAAGGAGUUCUUAGUGGAAAAUCUUCAAGAGAAAUCUUUGGUUGCCCAAAGACUUGUUCAUGACCAUGUGUCUUCUCUUCCAGGUGGAAUUGAAACUUUUUCUCAUACUAUAUCUAAACAGAUGAUUUUAAACUUCAGAAAUGCUGCAUCAAAAAGAAGAGAUGACCUGAUGAAGAAGAAGAUUAAAGAGGAUGAAUCUGUGAAUGCAAGGAAAAGAGCAGCACAUGAAAUUACGCUCUUAGAAUUGAAAAAGAAAAAAGUGCUGGAAGAAAAGAAAGAAGAACUCUUAGAAAUAGACAGGGAUUUGAAAAAACUUAGGAACAAAAUAUGUUUAUAAAUGACAGACUAUAUUUCAAAUACCUGUUAGUUUCGCCUAUUUAUUUAUUUGUAAAUUAAGUCAUUAUCGAUUAUUUGGAUUUAUUUUUCAUUACCCUCCAAAGCUGCUUAAAGUAAAACUUUUUUAAGGUCAAGUUUAGCAUUUUAAACUGCAUGUGAUCCCAUUUAUUUAACAAUAAGCUUAACCGUUGAUAAGUAAACUAGACCUAUAUUCAAUAUCCGUUUUAAUUUAAUACAAUUUUUAGUAAAAAAAGUCACCAAAAAUGACAGAAAGUGGGCUCCAAAAGUCACCAAAAGUCACUGAUUUUUGGAAAGGAAGACCAGUAGACACCCUGAUAUACACGGAUGAAUCACGCGGGUCAACUUUUUUUUAUUAUAGAGAUCUGAGACAUCCACAGAUAGCAGCACCAUGGUCACACAUUUCCGUUCCAUGCGACUUCCGUUCAGUUCACGAAAUUACUCCCACCAAAUGCCGUAUACCGAUAGCUAAGAUGUUACACAUAAAAAAUAUUUAAAGUUACGUAACAAGCCGGGUGGUGUGGGUCUGGCAACAGAGGACUCUCGUGUACUCUGAGCGCGAGGCGGACCGCGGCUGCAGCCGUGCGCGUCACGGAACAGCGCUUCGUGCCACCGCUCCGUGCAAUCGCGCGAACCACGCGCCGGCAGUUCGCGGCUAUCGGCUGCGAGGGGAAGCGAGAUAGCGGCGCGCUGCGGCGGAAGUGGAACCACUGCGAAGAACGAUCUCGUGGAGGAACACGUUGCGGCAGGGAAUCCCGGGGUUCGUGAAACAGUUCUCCGCACUUAGCUCCAUUGCGUGUGUCCGCAGAGUCCGCUACACAGUAAAUAAUUGUCUGUACUUUUACAAACAUUUCCUUUGGAAAACAGUUUCCAAGAAAUAUUGUGUAAUGCUACAAUAAAUAUAUUGUAACUUUGUACAACACAUGGCUAUGGUUAUACUUUUUUCGAUAUGAAACUGAUUAUUUAUUACCCAAAUUGGAGCAUAAAUAUUUAUGUCUCAAUUGAUAUUUCAGUUAAGAAUUUUUUUUUAAAGCAUCGAAAAGAUAAUAGAAUAUUCAACAAUUUGACACUUUUUGGUUGAAAGGUGCUUAUUUUGUGCGCAGUUAAUACUGGAAAGCUAUUCAGGAAACGGUUUACAAAAAAUUAACUACUGGAGGUUUUGGGAUAGCACAAAGCAUAAAUGCCCGGGUAAGAAUCCGAACCCAGUAUUACUGCGAACACUCUUUUGUAGUGAUACAGUUUAUGAAUAAUUAUGUCUGUUCCAUUCAAGAAAACAAAUAACAGAAAAGCGAUAAUUCCUUCGUAUUGCUCGCAAAAUUUGCCAUUUAAAUUAGUUCGUAACAUAGCCGAGAGUUAUCACGCACGGCAUUAUUUUAAAGAUAUAUACCUUAAAUUUUGGGUCCAAGAUUCGUAUGAUAAGUGUACUUGCAACAUCAGAACAUAUGAAUUUGCUCGUUACUAAGGUUAGAUGUUAUACAUCUUCAACAGAUCGUGUCUGUUCGAGCUGGUCAGCUCCAGCCACUUCGACUGGACCAGUUGCGAACACAGGUAGAGUGCGAAUGUUGACUGACAGUGGACAAGUUGGCGGACGCUACGACAGUUGACGAUCUGCUGAUUGACACUACUACACUCUAUUGACUAACAUAUAAACCAAUGUGGCGGUAGUGUACUCUAGCAGAUGACAAGAAAAUCCAAAAUGGCGGAUUAAAGGUGGCUGCAAUUACGUCAUACCGGUUGACGUAAUGUAUAUUUCGUGGUAGUAGUCAGUCUGGUCAGUUAGAAUUGUUUGUAGAAAUCAUUGUUUAUUUUGUUGGCGGGAUUCAAACCAGUUCCUAAAGCUCAGUUGAGACCAAGACGAUGAUGUCGCCAUGAGCAUUCCUGCAUCGCUCGUGUAGUUCGUGGUCCCGCCACUCCGGAUGCAUAAGCGCACGCAGGGAAUGCCAAGGCCUCGCGAGGUGCGCGCGACGACCAAGGCUUUGUUCGCGAGAUCACGAGAUGACGUGCUCUCCAUACAAGCGUCGCCCCGACAGCCGAGCGCUUAUGGCUCGUUGCACCAUUCUGCUCUUCAAUCUGCGAUCCAACGAUCGUGGCCCAAGAAUGAUCUAUGGAUUCAUUCUUCUAAGCGUUGCGCCAACAAAUACUGGUACUUGCGUGAACAAAAGUUCAUAUUUUCCAAUCUGCGACAACAGGUAGCAGCAGUGUCGAAGAAAGUUCAAGUGCAUUUCUAUUGGUGGGCUGGAACGAUAUGAGUCGCUACAAUCGACUGUGACUGGAUGAACAAACGGUUGAUGCGAUUUCCACAAGACAUAUAUUUGCUGCCUUAUCUUUUGAAUUUUAAGAACAACUGAAAACACACACUGGUAUUUAAAGUUAAUACAAACCGUAAGUUGAAAAUAUGAAUAGGUUUUGACUUAAAAAAAGCUUUUAUUUUAUUUGGAAUGUAAUCACAUCGAAAUAAAUUACUAAAACAUAAAACUAAAAUAUAUCAAUCUUUCAUACGUUUGAAAAAUGGUAGUUCACGCGAGAAGAGGUAACAUUUUUGAUACCUACGUGUGUUAUUUAUAUUAUCUGCAAUUGUAUAAAUAAUACUCUAAUGUUUACGUCUAAUUAAAUUUACCUACAUAGUCCGUGAAAAUGCCGGGCACAUCUGCUGGCACGGUGUCAAACCGAGGUCACUGCCGUGAACCAACCAGAGAGUCUGCUCACAUCCAAGUACCAGUGAUCUCCACUGAGCGCUCACAAUUCAAUGUUGCAACAGAAAAUGUGAUUGAACGAUGACCAAACCCGCUAAUGACUCGAGAUCUCGCCUGAACUCUUAUGGUGAAACUGGCCAUUAGUGAGGGUACAUGAUAUUUUAUCACUCUCAAAUAGGU